GUAGCCGAAUCAAGAUGGCGGAGGAUGUUGUGUACAGGCACCGGAGUUGAGGCGCGCGAGUGGAUUUCGGGACUGCGGGAGAUCGGUGAUGUUGAGCGGCGGGAUUUUAUUGACCCCGAACAGAGCAUUUACAGAGGAUUGUUUCCUGACCACGUUUUGUUCCCUCUAGAGUUCAGAGAAGGAGUCCGGCUUUGGAAACUUUAAGCAAGUCUAAUGAAGCGAGCGGCUGCAAAACAUCUAAUCGAGCGCUACUACCACCAGUUAACCGAGGGCUGUGGAAAUGAGGCCUGCACGAAUGAGGCUUGUGGCUCCUCCCCGGGUUUCCGGCGCAUGGAUAACAAUGCAGCGGCCCUCAAGGCCCUGGAGCUGUAUAAAAAUAACGCCAAACUGUGUGAUCCCCAUCCCUCCAAAAAAGGCGCCAGCUCGGCUUUCCCGGAGAACAGUGCCAAAGGAGCUCACAACUUUUCGGCUUGCAGCAACGGGAAGAUGAACCACAAAGACCUGCCUCCCGCCAGGGAAGACUUUAGAGAUUUAAAUUACUUGACGGAGGAGAAGGUGUAUGAAAUCCUGGCCAUCUGCGGCGAGACGGAGGAUUACUCCCCUCUGAUCCGUGUGAUAGGAAGGGUAUUCUCAAACGCAGAGAGUCUGGUGCAGAGUUUUCGCAAAGCCAAGCAGCACACCAAGGAGGAGCUGAAGUCGCUGCAGGCCAAAGACGAGGAUAAAGAUGAGGACGAGAAAGAGGCUGCCGCGGCUUGUGCCGCUACCGCCAUGGAAGUAGACUCGGAUGCGGCGUCCUCAAGCGAAGGAGCGUCCGGAGACGAUGCCCGGAAGCCCGUGGAGGUGUCUGUGGACAUUGAGGCGGUGCGGAGAGUUUAUGAUAGGCUGCUUUCCAACGAGAAGGUGGAAGCCGCCUUCCUGAACGCCCUGGUGUAUCUGUCGCCUAACGUGGAGUGCGACCUCACCUACCACAACACCUACACCGCCAAUCAUGACUACCUCAACGUGUUUAUAAUCGUGAUGGAGAACAGCAACCUGCACAGCCCUGAGUACCUGGAGAUGGCGCUGCCGCAGUUCUGCAAGGCCAUGAGCAAGCUGCCCCUCCCUGCUCUGGCCAAGCUGGCACGACUGUGGGCACAGCACGGCACGGAGCACAUCCGGCGUCUCCUCGAGACCUUCCAGCAGCUCAUCACGUACACCGUGAUCAGCAACGAGUUCAACAGCGACAACCUAGUCAACGAAGACGACGGGGUCGUGGCGGCCACCAGGUGCCUCAAGGUGGUCUACUACGCCAACAUCUUAGGGGGUGACCUAGACAUGGGGCACAGCGAGGAUGAAGACGACGAGCCGGUAGCGGAAUCGAGUGAACUCACGCUGCAGGAGCUAUUGGGCGAGGAACGUCGCGCCAAGAAAGGCCCUCGUGUAGACCCUCUGGAAACGGAGCUCGGCGUACGUGUCUCGGACUGCCGCAGCCCGCUCAUCCCUUUUGACGAGUUCAUCAACGAGCCUCUCAACGACGUGCUGGAAAUGGACAAAGACUACACCUUCUUCAAGGUGGAGACGGAAAGCAAGUUUUCCUUUAUGACCUGCCCGUUCAUCUUGAACGCCGUCACCAAGAACCUGGGCCUCUACUACGACAACCGCAUCCGUAUGUACAGUGAGCGCAGGAUCACGGCGCUCUACAGCCUGGUGCAGGGACAGCAGCUCAACCCCUACCUGCGUCUCAAAGUGCGCAGAGACCACGUCAUCGACGACGCGCUCGUCAGGCUGGAGAUGAUCGCCAUGGAGAACCCGGCCGAUCUGAAGAAACAGCUGUACGUGGAGUUUGAAGGAGAACAGGGUGUUGAUGAAGGAGGAGUUUCCAAAGAGUUCUUUCAGCUCGUAGUAGAGGAAAUUUUCAAUCCAGAUAUAGGCAUGUUCACCUACGACGAAAGCACAAAGCUCUUCUGGUUCAACCCCUCGUCGCUUGAGAACGAAGGCCAGUUCACAUUGAUCGGGAUAGUCCUGGGCCUGGCCAUCUACAAUAACUGCAUCCUGGACGUUCAUUUCCCCAUGGUGGUGUACAGGAAGCUCAUGGGGAAGAAAGGAACUUUCCGGGACCUCGCAGAUUCCCAUCCGGUUCUUCAUCAGAGUCUGAAGGAACUGCUGGAGUAUGAAGGUAAUGUGGAGGAGGACAUGAUGAUCACCUUCCAGAUCUCGCAGACGGACCUGUUUGGGAAUCCUCUCAUGUACGACUUGAGGGACGGUGGAGACAAAAUCCCCGUCACUGGCGAUAACAGGAAGGAAUUUGUAGAACUUUAUGCCGAAUACAUGCUGAAUAAAAGUGUGGAGAAACAGUUCAAGGCCUUUAGAAGAGGCUUCCACAUGGUCACUAACGAGUCUCCACUGAAGUAUCUGUUCCGGCCGGAGGAAAUCGAGCUGCUGAUAUGUGGCAGCAGGAAUCUCGACUUUCAAGCGCUGGAAGAGACCACAGAAUACGACGGCGGUUACAACAGAGACUGUCGCAUCAUUAAGGACUUCUGGGAGACGGUGCACUCAUUCGGACAGGAGCAGAAGAGGUUGUUUUUGCAGUUCACUACAGGAACAGACAGAGCGCCGGUGGGGGGCCUGGGCAAGCUGAAGAUGAUCAUCGCUAAGAACGGCCCUGACUCGGACAGGUUACCGACGUCUCACACGUGCUUUAACGUGCUGCUCCUCCCCGAAUACUCCACCAAGGAGAAACUUAAAGAGAGACUCCUCAAAGCCAUCACUUACGCCAAAGGCUUCGGCAUGCUCUGAGGCGACCGGAGCGGCGGCAACGACGGCGGCGGGAAAAGAAAACUAAAACAAAACGUGGAACUUUUUUCACUUUAAACAAAACAAAAAAAAACAACAAAAAAGGUGAAAUCGGUGACUACAAACAACAAUAUCAAGUUUUCAGUGUAAGGAUUGUAAAAUGGGCUAAAAGGGGAAAAAGUUGUGGUGACCGAGUGCCUGUGCCUAACUAAAGUAGAUAAAACCACACUGGACUCGUCUCUCGCUCUCUCUUUUUCUCUCUCUCUGUCGCUCUCUCUCUCUCUCUCUCUCUCUCUCUCUCUCUCUCUCUCUCUCUCGCUCUCUCGCUCUCUCGGUUCUUCUCCAUAUAAGUGUUAAUUUUUCCCUUUUUUUGUAUGCACUGAGAUAUAGCACUAUUUAUUUUAAGGGAUUUAAAAAAAAAAUCAAGAAAGAAUGCCUGUUUUUGUUUGUUUUUGUACCCCCAUUUAAACAGCGCACUUGUUCGAGGUUCGAGGUUCUGCAGACCUCUAGGACAUUUAAAGAAAUCUGAAACAGAACAAAAAGGGAUGAUGAGGAAAAGGAGAAAGAGGAGGACUGAUUGCUGAUGGCUUUCGUCUAAACUCCGGUCGAACUGUGAAAGUGCACUUAAUUAAUAUUCAGAAUGUCUUGUUCACGGUUUUUUUUUUUUUGGUUUGGUUAUUUGGGGGAACGUGGGUGUCGUCUCGGCCUCUCGUCACGCUUUCGCAGGUCUUCCCAGGUCACUUCUCAUGUACCGUCAAGCUCAUCCUUAUGGUUUGUUCUAAAAAAUAUAUAUAUUUUUUAAAAGGUACAGAACGGUUUCCAGAACCUUCUCAGCAGGUAUUUAUUGAGGAGAAGCAGUUUGUUAAGGUUUGUGCUGCUUACUAAUGACCAGUGUUUGACUUGUAUUUGGCUGUAGAGUCUGCUGGAGGAUCUCCGUGUGUGUGUGUGUGUGUGUGUGUGUGUGUGUGUGUGUGUGUGUGUGUGUGUGUGAGAGAGAGAGAGAGAGAGAGAGAGUGACAGACACGGUCAGGUGAUUGCACGGCCUAACGAAAGACAUACGUUCUCAUUUUAAACACCCCCAUGUCUUUUAAACAAAUGAAAUCACAGAUAUUAUCCCCCUUUUGUUUUUUUUUUUGUUUUUUUUUUUAUAAAUGGCAUCAUUCAGUUUUUCUCCAUGUGAUCAGCUUUUUGGCACUUUUUUUUUGUUGUUGUUGUUUUGUUUCCAUCAUCACGACGUGCCAAAAGUGUUACCCAGCUAAAGAUCCGCUUUAGUGAUGCCCCGGUUCCAUAAAUAAUAAUAAAAAUAAAAAAAUGUUUA